CUUUAUUUUUCAAAUUCUAUAACCCUUUCGACCAUUGAACAGCGACACCUGGAACUCGAAUGAAGCAAAUCUCUACAAAGCAAUCUCAGCCACGGUCAUCGCGUAACUCCUCUUCAACGUCACCUACGCCAAUGAGCAGCAGCAGUAAGCCAAGACCUACUCGAUCCGUAGCACCUAAGCAGCAACACGAUAAAUACAACCCUCCUGCAAAUACAUUGGCUGUUCCUCCACGCAUACAUAAGGAAUUACGGUCAAAAUCAGUAUCUAUUGAAAGAACAAGGCCUCAUUCAAAUCGAUAUCCAUCAUCGGAUGAUCGAAAGCCUUCAGCGCCGUCGGUUAUGAUUGACGAGAAGCCGCGACUCUCUAUUGCAGAUAGGUUUAUGUCGACAAAUUACGAAGCCAGUACUACUAUUUUAAGAGCCUCCUCCUCCUCCUCCUUUUCACCAAGUAUCUCCAGCUCCCCGCGACAGCAAGAAGAGACAAGAACAACAUCGCCUUCGGCUUCAACUAUAUCCAAUUGCAUUACAGUUCUGUCAUCUUCUUCCGACACCUAUGGAGGUAAUAAUAACAAGAGGCAUUCUGUAGCAGAUAGAUUCGCCAAUAAAGGCUCUUCCACCAGAAAUAACGAUAGACAGCAUCUGUCACCGAAAAAUUCAACGAACGAAGAUUUCUAUCAAUACAAACGGUCCCUAUCACCUACCUCCGACUCACAUAGCAAUAGUUUAAGAACUUCCAGAGAUGCAUUUAGACCAUCACUGCAGCAAAUGCAACAAGAGAUUCGCUCCUUUUCAUUUGAUGCAAUAACGGCUGCAGACCAACAACCUCGAAGAUUAACAAUUGCUGACGCUUUUAUGAAACGGUCAUCUCUUCAUUUACCCCCUACAGUACCUGAACUCAGUCGAUUACGAGCGGCUUCCUUUGCAGGGGAACUCGAAUUAGACAUUCGUAGCAACAAUAAUAACAGGAAAAAUUCACAUGUUCAUCCGUUAGAUGCACAACGAUCAAAGUCAUCUUUAUUUGAUGACAGGACGCGUUCUUAUUUACAGAGUCCUGAAUUAUCGUUGUCCUCAUCUUCUGCAUCGAGUUCUUUAUGUAACAGCAGCCAACUACUGGAUAACCAUAGAAAGCCAAAUAGACCUUGGGGAAGUCAAGACACACUUGUUCAGCAACAGCCAGUCAUUGAAAAGAAGAAACCUAUCUACGCCCAAUUUAUGGAGUCCGAAAAAGAUGCUACUUUGGAUACCCAAUCAUUUACUUUCAAUAGCUAUAGUUUAGACGCUGCUGGUGGUGAACAUAUAAGUGAAAAGGAGAGUAGAUUUAGUGGCUAUAGGCAAUACGAGAAUAUAGAAGAUCGAUACCGUUAUUUUGAUCACCAGCAACAGCAAAAUGACUGGGCCGAAGAACGUAGUGCUUAUGGCCAUGAACCUUAUCCCUUUUACGAUGAUGAAGAUUAUGACGAAGAAAAAGGAAGCUAUUAUGCUAGGACGAGUACUAUCCAGAGUGUCAGCCAUACAAAUUCCAGUGCUAAAUUACACGAUAAGAAUAAUCAUACCGAUAUAGAUAGCACUAGUCGAGGAUUUUGGAUUGGCUGUUGCUUCAUCAGUUGCGGACAAAGACCUAGCAGGCAAUCUAUUAUGGAACAACAGCAGCUCAAACAACAAAAAAAGAAACGUGAAAGAGAGUUACAACAGCGUAAAGAUCGUAAAAAGAGAGAGGAGCAGCGUUCACACCAGAAAAAGUUUGGUAAAGCAGGCAAAUGGCGUUGUGGUACCGGUGGUUGUUGUUGCUUGGGCAGAAAAGCGUGCGUCUUUUGCAUAUUUUUAUUUUUGAUUUUAAGUACGGUGAUCACUUACUUUUUAUGGCCAAGAACACCCUUAAUGCGCAUCGAAGGGGCAUCAUUGACUUUACCGGCUAAAAUCAGUGAAACGCGACAAGGUUUAGUGGGCAAUGUUAUUUUUGAGAGCGAAUGGCUGGUGAAUGUGACAGUGGAUAAUCGUCAAAACCAUAUACCCACACGGCUCUCCCGAGUGCAAGUAUUAGCAAAAGAUGCGCUAACAGGUCUGAUUAUUGGAAAGGAUUUGCACGAUGCUCAACAACAACAACAACAGCAGCAGCAUGAUAACUCUGAUCAACAACAGGAAUUAUUACAGUCAAUAACUUUACCUCCAAAUAGCAUUUCUACUGUACAAUUACCAAUACGACUUAAUUAUCAGGCACGAGAUAGUACAGAUCCUACAUUUGUAGAUAUUGUGAGAGCGUGCGCUCCAAACGAUCCGAUAUUAUACCAUCCUACGAAUGACGAAAAUGGCAAUCAGCAACAGCAGCAACCACAGCAACGGGAAUCUUUACCACUACAUUUCUGGAUUACAUUACAUUUUUACGGCUUGGAUUGGCUAGGAUAUAAACCAACGUUGAUAGCUACUCCUGCAACUGGUGGAUUUGCUUGCCCUUUACCUUAGUCAAUUUUCUAACAUCC